UACAGUUUGUUAAUUGAACAGAAACAUUUUGUGGGUUUGCUCGCUUAACUCAACAGUUCAUUUAGUAAACGGCUACACGACUAAACGUAAUGGACGACGGAUUAAUGUAAAAACAACAAAACGUGUAAAUUUCAGCAAAAUAAAUAAUUAAAUAAAAUUAAUUUUUUCAUUAAAACCAAAUUGGAAAUAUUAUAAAAAUAAGAUUUUAAAUUCAUUUAAAUAAAUAACUAAAAAAGAAUUAAGCUGUUGAGGCAAUUGAAAAUAGUGUUUUAACAGAAAAAAAAGUGAAAAAGCUAAAAAAUGUUUGUGAAAAAAUGCUAAAUUGAAAAAAAUAUAAAAAAAAAAUAUUUUAAAAGCAAAAAUUGUAUAUGGCAUACACAUUUUUACGUUAAAAUUAUACAUACAACCCAUAUGAAUAAAAAAUCAUUCAAACAAGCUCUUUGUGGAAAUAAAAAAAAAUUAAACAUUUUUUAUGGAAUGGAAUGCAGCAAAAGAGAUAGCGAGCGUUGAACGCCGCCGUUUUAAUUGUGUUAACACGCCAUAUGCCAGAAAGAGAGGCAGAUAGAAAUUUUAUUAUACAAAAUAUCUCCUCACAUUGAUUAAGAGCACACAACAUACAAGUCGUCGCCCGUUUUUUUUUUAUAUUUUCUAUAAAAAAAAUUUUUGUACGUUAAAGUAAAUGUUGAGAUACACUCUACGUAAUCAGCCUAAAUAGUGUAUAUUAGGGAGAUUAUCAAAGAAAUAAGAAGUGUUUAAAAAUUUAACAUAAUAUGCAAAAAAAAAUCCAAUUGAAAGAAAACAAAACAUGGAUUUCAGUGUCUGAAAAUGAAAAAUAAUAUAUAGAAAAAAAUUAAUAUUUAUCCAUUUGUGUAACAAGUGAUUGGUGGUGUAUUUCUCCAAGUGUACGAAGAAAUAGAUACAAAAUGAAAGAAUGAAUCUUAAAGAUAUAAUUAAAAGAAUCUAACUACCCACAAGCUUAAUACAACAAGAAAAUAGAAAUGUUUAUAAGAAAAUGAAAAAAUCUUAAAACAACACAAAAAGUUAAAGAAAAAGAGUGUUGAAAAAAAAUAAAUGUGUGAAAAUUUUAAAGUGAAAUAAAAUAUUUAAAGAAAUUAUUUAAAAUAUUUAAAAAUUAAGUAAGAUUAUGAUGUUUUUAAACCCAUUAAUCUUUAAAUGGAGAAAUUAAUAUAACAACAACUAAAAACAAACAACGAAAAAUAUAUGAAAAAUUUUACAAAAAUAACCUCAAUAUAUACACACACAUCCACACAUGUAAACGGCCAAAAAACGGCAGAUAACAACAAAAAAAAAAUAUUUCAAAAUUCAAAUAACGUUUUGAACGGUCUAAAACAACAACAAACAAAAAAAAUUGCCAACACCAAAAAAUAACAAUAACAAUAACAACAAAACAAAAUAAAAUAACCAACAAGUGGACAAAAAUGUGGUUGUAAAUAAAAAAAAACAGCAACAGCAAAAAACUAACGAUUUUUUGACAAUUUUAAACACGUUUUUUCAAAACCAAAACAACAACACCACCAACAACAACCAUUGGAUAUUUGGUUAAAAGGUGAAGAAGAGAGGAGAAUAAAGAAAAAACACCAAAUACCGUCAUUAACGUCAUUAUUAGCCAAAUUUUUUUGUUUGUUAAAGGAAAACAAAAACACAACAUUAGAAAUUGAAAUCCUGCAUAUGAACACAGAAAGAGGUUUAUGAUUUCAUUUAUCAUUUGUUUAUUAUCAACAGCUACAACACCUCAAACACCAAUCAUAACAACAAUAAUAUUGUUGUUAACGCAAUAACCACCACUCAAUUUAAUUACCAACACGUGCAAAUAUUUCAAAUUGAAAUUAUGCCAAAAUUACAGCAACAACAACAACUACCACACCAGCAACAUCAGCCACAAAAUCAAAAUCACUACCAGCAACAUUAUCAGCAGCAGCAACAAUACCAACAACAUCACAACAACCAGCCGCAUCAUCAGAGCUCCUUAACUAAUGUAGCCGUUACAAAUCCCACAACAUCUGCCACAACCCCCAACACCCUGCUCUCCACAUCCUCCUCAUCAAUACAGCACAUUUCGCCGCACCCCUACCAACAGCCACCGCAACAUUAUCACCAACACAACUAUCAGCAACAGAGUCAACAUCAAUCGCAACUUUUGCAUCAUGGUGAAUUUCCGCUGCCCGAGGGCUGGGAUAUUGCCAAGGAUUUCGAUGGUAAAAUCUAUUAUAUAGAUCAUAAUACGAAAAAGACAACAUGGCUGGAUCCCAGAGACCAAUACACGAAACCCCAAUCGUUUGAAGAUUGUGUGGGCGAUGAACUGCCCAUGGGAUGGGAAGAGGCUUAUGACCCCAAUAUUGGACGUUAUUAUAUAAAUCACAUAGCACAGACGACACAAUUGGAAGAUCCCCGCCAAGAAUGGAAGAGUGUGCAGGAACAAAUGUUAAGAGACUAUUUGUCAGCGGCCCAGGAUCAAUUAGAAAACAAACGGGAAAUGUUUGAUGUUAAGCAACAGAGAUUACUAAUAGCUCAAGAGGAAUACAAUCAUCUCAAUAAAUUGGCGGCCAGUAGAAGCAGUUUAUGCUCUUCCUCCUCUUCAAUGAGUCGCCAUGAUCCUGAAUUAUUGCGAGCCGAUUUGAAAUUGGCCAAAGAACGAGUACAUCAACUGAAACAGGAACUCAAGCAUAUUACAAAUGAUAUUUCCUAUACACAACGUGGUAUGAAUACUCUCUACUCAGUGGGUGAGAAAAUCAAUGCUCGCGAAAAUGGUUGCUACGACAUUGCCGAAGUCCAGGCUAUUCGCGAAGAAAUGCUCAAGGUACACAAGUCCCUGGUUUCCGGUGAAAAAGUACGCGAAGAGCUGAUACGCAGUUUAGUGCAAAUUAAAAAUGAACUCAGUCGCCAGCAAAUCAACGAAGAGAAUGCCGAACUAAUGAAUGCCUCAUCUCCAUUCGAUCGGGUGUGUGUGGCUUCUCAAACCGAUCUGUGUGGUCCGGGUGACAAUUUGAACAGUGGCGCCCGAUUUGCUGAAAUGGCCAAAACCAAACUACAGUAUACCGAAUGGCGUAAACAUAUUAAACGGCUGCAACAGCAAUUGGCGGAUCAUGUGGAACGCAUCGAGCCCGGCCAGUUGGAAUCGGAUAAAGAUAGAAUACUAUUGAUUCAGGAGAAAGAAAAACUCCUAAACGAAUUAAAUAGUAUUUCAUUGAAAUCCCGCACGACCGAGGAAAUACAUGUCAUACAAGAAACCCGCAGAAAAUUACAAGAAGAUCUAAAUGAAGCCUAUGAAGCGACAAAUCAACAAAUUAACAAUCGCCUACGUUUUCAUGAGGAGAAACAAUUGCUGUUGGAUAAGCUGCAAGAAGCUUUGAAGUCAACGAAAAUGUUAGAAGAACGUUUGAAAUCCUUCUCUUCAGAAAGUACCUUCUCCAUUAGCAGUGGUUCCAGUUUGGGCUCUCUGUCGACAGCGAGCAGUAAAAGUGCUUUAAGUUUCACCGACAUAUACAUAGACCCACUCGCGGUGGAUCCACAAAUAGAUGUGGUUGAUUUGCACCGCCGCUCACAAAGACUUUUCCAGACACAGCAAUUGCAACAACAAGCUCAACUUCUGCAACAAAAUCCAGUUGGCGAACAGGUUCUGGGUCAUCCUCCACUGCAGCAACAACCAUCUUCCGAAAUCUCUUUAUCACCACGUAGUAGUCUAUCAAUAGAAACCCCACCCGCCUCUCCUAUGAAAUAUAACCUCGCCUCUGAACAAAAUCCAUUAAGUGCUUCUACCCAGCAGUUACUGAAGGAUGAACCUACAUACGCCAAUGCUGGUGCAGUCUUACAAACACUGUAUGAACAAUCCAACCAAUUACCUGCCUCGGCGGGCAACAGAGCAGCUGCACCAAAUCCUUAUGACUUAGAUUCCACAGUAUUGGAUUGUAUGAUGUUGGAGGCUAAAUUGCAAAAACUCAAUAUGUCGGCGCCAAUCAAUUUGGGAGCUCCCUUAUCGCCCAUAUCGGAAAAACCUUCACUGCUAGAUUUACCCCAAGAAAUGUUGAGUCGUUCAUCAUCUACAUCGAAUACACGCUCUGUAUCGGCAGCCGUAAGCAAUGAGUCAGUUGCGGGAGAUUCAGGCGUAUUUGAGGCUUCACGGGCACACUUGCCACGCAAGGAAUUGGCGCAAGUGCAAAUAGGUUUGAAAUACCUAAAGAAGGAAGGUGUGUUGGUAGUGUCUUUGGAACGUGCAAACAAUUUAUCCGCCCUAGUGACAACGUCAACGGAAAAUUCGCAAGUAUAUCUCCGUGCCGCAUUAUUACCCAAUUCCCUAACAUCCAUACGCACGAAAGCCAUGCCAGAUUUCCAAAAGCCUGUAUUCAAUGAUACAUUUGCUGUGCCCAUUUCUCUCAGUAAACUUUUAACCAAGAGCUUACAUGUGACCGUGAUCAGCAUGACCGGACAAAAAGAGGAAAUUAUUGGAACAGUACAAAUUAGUAUGGCUGAAUUUAAUCCCGAGGAUUCCACCUUGAAAUGGUACAAUGUCUUGAGUUCGAAAUUUAUGCCCACAUUUGAACCCUUAGAUAUGCCAUCAACUAGUGCAGCCGCCGCUGCAUCUGUAGCUGGGCAUGUUAACACUAAUGCUGCAGUUACUCACAUUGUUUGCAAAGAAGAAUCUUCUGAUGAAUCGACCAUAACCUCAUCACAAACUUCUACGUUGACACGAAACCAAGUGCCACCAUUCGAAAUGCAAGCACAGAUAGCCGAAGAUUUAAGAGAAAAUCUUGGCUUGGAUGUCGAUGACAACGAGGAAGAUGAGGAUGAAGAUGAAGAAGAAGUAGACGAUGAGGAACUUGAGGGCGCUAUAGGCAGUGAUUUCACCAAGAAAAUGUUGGAUGCCUACAUGGACAAUAUGAAACAGGAAUAUGUUGAUAAGGAAACCAAUACAGAAUGUGCAUUCCCUCCCGAAAAAUCGCGUUCACAACAAGGUCAACAGUCAACCGAUGACAGACCCGUUAAGCGCUCACAAACAUUUACGCCCUCAGCGGCGGUCGGUAAAAGUCGCUAUAUUUGCCGCCUGAAUCGUAGUGAUUCAGAUUCGGCCAUGCAUUUUGGUGUAACACCACAUCCCUUCCAUCGUGGAGCCAUUGAAAGGCGUUCGUUAAGAUUCCACACCAAAGCUCCUAAAACUGCCACAAAAUUAAAUCAUACUCAUAUACCACGUACUAGCUUGGAUCUGGAAUUGGAUUUACAAGCUCAACAUAGCAAAUUAGAUUUCCUCAAUGAUCAAAUUUCUAAAUUACAAAAUUUAAAAGAUGUUUUGGAAAAGGCUCGCGAUGACAAGGAUCCUUUAAUUGCUGCCUGGGCUAUUGAAAACGAGGAAUUCCAACGUUUGGUAGAACGUGCCGAUCCCGCCAAAUGCCCCGAAGAGAAACAGUUACAAAAGCUUUUAAUGAAAACUACCAAGAAAAUUUACAAACUACGCAAAACAAAAGUCCCCAAGGGAUGUCCCGAUUUAGUGUCUUUCAAAGAAAAAAUUUCCUUCUUCACCCGCAAAGGUUUGUCAGUACCGGAACUACCAACUGAUUUUAUGCUAUCAGAAGCUGAUCCUAUCGAAGAGGAAGAGGAGGACUUAGAAGAAGACGAUGAUGAUGCCGCCGAAACAGCAAUUGCCAUUAAUACUGCGCUUGUAGCCAGUAGCAUACGUAACAAGAAUCUCAAUGAGAAUCAUAGCGGUGGCAGUGCAAGUAGCCGUAGACAACAGGCUACUCAGAAUGCCACCAAUAAAACUAAAAUCGCAACCUCAACCACAACUACAACCACUAUUACAACAGAAGAAACCGAAAUUGUCAAAACUUUAGAAAACACCAAAGAACAACAAGUUAAUAAUGAUGACGACGAUGAUGAUGAUGACGAUCAGAAAGAACGCUUUGAUUAUGUUAUCGAUCGCACUUAUGGUGUUGAAGUUUAGAAAAUGAUCAACCUCUUCAUUCAUUUGUCUGAGCGAGUUUUUCUUUACUUUUUUUUUUGUACAGAACUAGAAAAUGUUUUUAUGAAAGGAAAUUUGGAAAUUUUUUCUUAAUUGCAAUUUUUAGAGAGAGAUCAAGAAGAUAGAUAGUGUAUAGAAUAAAUCAAAUGAAAUCAAUUAUGUAAAAUUAUUAAACAAACAAAAAAGCCAGAGAUUAUUAUAUAAGCUUAAAGCUACAACUUGUAAAUUUAAACUAAAAAACACUUAUACAUAUACAUAUAUAUAUAAUUUAUUUUGUAAAUUAUAAGAAAAAUCCACAUAUACAUAUAAUUUAAUAGGAAAUAAAGUAACAACUUUGUAUAGAAACUUUGAAUAAUUAGGCUCAAAACAAUUUA